CACAACGCAAUCCACCAACAAAACUUCUCCACAAUGCCGAAAAAUUACGAUGCUGAGAAAAACAAUCCAUGUUUGAAAGAGCAGGAACUGUCGUACAAAUGCCUCAGCAAGAACAACUUUGAUCACGGCAAAUGCGAGCUGUAUUAUGCAAACUACAACAAUUGCAAAGAGUUUUGGAAUAAAGUCCGUGCCGAUCGGCGAGCGAACGGAAUCUUUCCGUACCUUCCAGAUGUGCCUGACCGGGAAAGCAUUAAAGCCGAGUAUAUGAAAACUAAACCUAUAUGAAAAACUAUCACACUGGAUGGAUUGAGAUGUUAGAAUUUGUUUUCUUUUGCUGUUAGGAUGUAGAGAAUAAAAAUUAAAACUAUUAUCCCACAAAAUACACGCUGUUUUUACGCACACACACUGUUGUGGUGGAA